CGAAGAAUCGUUAUGUUUGAAAGACAUUAUAUUUACUCUUAACGAAAUUCAAAGAAGAUUCCAAAAUUUUGGAAAAAAACCAUGGACAAUAAGCAUGGAAUUGGCGAAAAGAACACGAAGCGUGUGAGGAUGUUGGAACGACAGGAUUCCACUUGCACCGGUUAAAAUGAAUCGUAGGGAAGACCCGCUGUUGCGGCAGCAUCGCAACCGCUUGCUGCAAUUAGCGGAGGUGACAAACAUCAAGCCUGGCCGUGGCAGCGGGAAAAGACGAGGCCAGAGGCAGUCGUACGGUUUCGGACCCAGCAAUGGCGGUUCGAGUACCGGUAGCCGCAUCACCCUUCAGGAUAUCGUGAGAAGCGAUCCUGGAUACACGCCAAACAUCGAGCAUUUAGUUUUUCCGGAGCGCAAAAGCAGUAAUCCGAAUCUGGCCAAAACAGCCGAGGAAUCGCCGCCAAACAAAUCCAAAGUCAAUGCAACCACCUCGGGCAGAUCUAGGCUCGCUGAAGUGUUCUCCAGGCAUUAUUCGAGAGGCUCGUCCCAAGACUCUUCCGUUACGUCCAGAAAGAAUCACUUAAACAGCACGUCACUGGACAGCGGAGGGACGGUGGUGGUGUCCCAUCAGGCAACAGGGUCGAGCGUAUCCACGGUGGUGACGAGAGGCGGCGGUCGUCGUUGGUUGUCGCAGAGCUCGCAAUCCUCGAGGCAACAUUCGGCCGAGGACGGGGUACGUGGGGGCAACGUGGGCGUCAUAGGGCCCGUUUCGACCUCGUCCUCGAGUCAGGCCCCUGCUCCCGCCCUGCCACCUCGUAGAGUCAGUCCAGCCGCGAAUUCUGCCGACAUCUCGAAUACGGCCACUGGCUCCCGCGGCGACAGAGGUCAAAACGUGUCGAUCCUGCAUCUGCGCAGCACCUCGGAUCCUUGGGAAGUUGGUUCUCAGGGCUCCUCGUACAGCGUCGGUAGCAAUAAAAGUCAAAGCGGGGGCAAAGGAAAAUCAAGUGGAAACGCCCGAGGGUCGUAUACACGAGGCACUUCAAUACCAUCCUUGAAACGGCACGAUACAACGGCAUCGGCAUCGACUUCCAGCCUAAAGCAACAUCGGCAGGACAGUCAUAGUCAGGUGACGAGUUCUCGUCGUCGAGAAUCCUCGAAUUCGUUCCUGUCGGGUAACAGCGGCACAUCCGGCGAACUUUUCAUCAGCGGCGAUUGCAGCAGGGAAUUGUCGCCGGUCCGAUGGUGCGAUCGAGAAGUGGACGGCGUCUAUCUGGGUCGAUCCGGUUGGGUUCAGGUGCAGCAACGAUCCCUGGACGAGAAUCGGCGGACAAGCUACGAGAGCAGCCUGGUGACGGCGGCCACGGGCACCCUCCCGUUACCGCGACGAGCCACGGUAAAAUUGGCCGAUUAUCAUUGCAACAGCGAGCCGGGUAAAUGCCCGGAGGAGUUCCUGCGAUUGGACAGCCAGAGACCGGACUAUCUGGCCCUGCACGGCCAAGAUUUCGAAUCCGUGGGGAGCAGCGCCUGCACCUCGCCCCACAGCAUCCCGGAAUCGUAUUCGCCGCCCUCGAUCACCCCGAUAAUUUCCCCGCCACCGGCGUUCCAGGAUGCGGUCGGGAAGAAAACCUCCUCCUCCAAACAUUGUCCGGGGCGCAACAAUUACGGGAAGCCGCCUUUCCUCCCUCGAUCCAACGCUAUAGUGGACAGCGAUAUCAUCAGCCCUCCGCCUUCGCCCCCGCAUCAAGUCAAUUGGAGUUCCUUGCCGCCUGCCGCCUCCCGAAAAUCCUCGAAUACGCCGUCCAGAGCUCGGAGGCAGAACAGCGGCGGUCAACAGCAGCAGCAACAACAACAGCAACAGUACAGAAUGGCGCAAGCCAAGUCGUUGGAAGAUCAGUCUUCCUCGAGGAGGUCGCAAUUCGUCCAACGUUAUCUGGAAUCGUCGAGCUCGUCCUCGUCGUCGGUCGGUUUCAGAAGUCUGGAUAGUUGCGUGACGAGAACUACCAUGCCCAGAUUGGCGGAGAACACCGAUUCCUCGGUGGAAGGGUACGACGACGGCGACGACGAGGACGACAAUCCGAGCUCCUCGUUGAAUCUGAGCCUCGUUUCCUCCUCGAUAAUAGCGUUGAACUCAUCCACGGAAUCUAUCCGCGCCAACGGCGAGAGGAUCUCGCCGAACAGGCAGAGCAGACAUCACAGGAGUCAGCAGGGAUUGAGACGAUCGCCGGGAUCGUCGGAAUCGGGCAAGUUGUCGUUCAACUCGCCAUCUUCCUCCUCCUCGUCGUCGAGCAGCACGGACAGGCAGGGCAGAUCGCCAACACCGAAUCCUUUCAGACGUAGCAACGCUUCUAGGCAACAUCAGAGCGCGAGGACGGCGCAAGCGUCUCCGGACUCUCAUCAGUCGCGGGUGAGAAGGUCCAGAAGUCUUCAAUUACCGGAGAAAAGAUCUCCGAGCGCCGCUGCGCCACUGAAUAGGGAACAUUCGAGGGAAUCUAACGAGCCCCACAGAUUGGUCGUGAAAAUUUCCAGCGAUCGAGGCAACGAGAGGAAACGUCAUGCUCUUCAGAAUAGAAAAGCGCAGUCAACCGAGAACGCGUUAAACGAGGAGUUGCUCCGUGAGACCGAGGCUGUAACCGAGUUCCUUUACGGUACGAGGAGCCGCGCGGUAGCCAGAAGUCUGUUGUCGUGUCGUUUCGAGCGUCGCGAGGAUGGCCAGGAGCAAAGGCAAAGGAGUAAUCCCAACACUUACGAUGUUUACUUUAUCUCCUCUAAACAGCAGCAAUCUUCCAAAUCCACGGGAUCAUCCAUGCAACAACAGUCGCAACAGCAACAGCAGCAAACGCAACAGCAACAAUCGAGGCGACCUAAAACGCUUCAAAGGGGAGCAACGACCCCGAAUGCGAAUCCCACGUCCGCGAACCAUGACUUCUGCAUCAGUCCCGACACGAAGUUGCGCUGCAACAGCAGCACGUGCGAUUUCUGGCCGCACUGCUCGCAGAGAGACACUCUUUACUCUCCCAAUCAAGCCCCAGUAUUUAUGAAAUUAUCUCAGAGCUACCCGGCUCAUCAGAGGCUCCCCACGGACGCUGGGAGCCACGCGAGCAGAGGUAGCGCCAGCUCGUCUCCAGCAUCGUUGGAGCGGAUGGACGAUCGAGAAUUUCGCGAUCGUGACGCGUCCCGAAAGAAUCGGGCGACUCGUGAUCGGAGUAACAGCAGCGCGGCCAAAUAUCAGGAGAGGCAGCCGAAGAGCGUGUUGAAACAGUCGAGUCGGUGGUCGUCUCUGGAAGGAUCUAACGGUGGGAACGGUGGGAGCGUGGACAAGAGGGAAUAUCAUAGGUAUUAUCAGAAAGCGGAUUUCGGUACGGGGAGUUUCGAGGGUUGCGAGAAUAAGGAUAGAAAGGUGUCGCCGGUUCAAGGGAAGAGUAUCGCGAACAGAUCGCCGAGCGGCCACGCUGCAUCCUCCUCGGCUACUUCGUCAUCGUCCAGUAGCGACAUUUGGGUGACCACGUCCGAUCGGACCGUGACCAAGAGCCCGAGGAAUGCGAAGAGCUCGGGAGCAUCGACUCCCAUGGAGGAUGCGGUGAUCGGUUCUCUGAAGACGUUGAUGGAGCCGCCGAAAGAUGGAAUGCUGUCCAGGCCUGGAAGCGCUCCAACGAGGGGUGAGGACACGAUGUCGGCGGACGGAUCCUUGGAUCCUCAUCAGCGGUCGCUAUCGUUGCCUAAGUCCUUCUUGACGCACAAUGGCAAUAACAAAGGAGGAUCCUGGCAGCGUGGGCAGAAUUCCCAAAGGUCGAGCCCCAGUCCCAGUCGACUUCACCACACGCAGGAAGCAGCCACGCCUCACACAGCUCCUGUUUCCCCGCUCCACGAUCAACGAUCGAACGCGUAUUCUGGAAAGGAUAGGAGACGGAUUCCUGGGCUGAGCAAGGCGCAGAGGCGUAUCAAAGCGUCGAGCACGCCUGCGCUUUUGGAUCGUGAUGUGGAAAGUCGACAGUGGUCGGGAGAUGAAGAAGACGAGGGCACAACAGGUCACGUAACAACGGAGCAUCCACUGGCAGAGGCGACAAUUCCUUUGGUCUCCCACUCGCGACUUCAAGAACAGCCCUCUAACUUAAGUGGCAAUCUCGUGACCGCUUCUGGGACCCAGAAUCCUCCUCGUUCGCAAAGCCAGCAAGAAAGCGUUCUGCAGAAAUUUAGAAAAAGUUUCUCCUUGAGGUUCCACAAAAAGGGCAGCAAGGAGAGCAACGAGAGCGAAUGUCCGGCCGAAGAUAACGAUGGAUCCGGACCUUUGGACGAGGAGGAGGAAAGAGAACCACCUACUGUGACUGAACAGACCCCUCAACAUAAAGAAGACACCAAUAAUGACCAGAAAUUCCGAUUCGGUCCUCUUGUGUGGAGAAGCAGUAAAGAGAGGAAAAAAGGCAGCAAGGCUGCCAGAAACGCGAAAUGCAACAGCGGAGAUAGUGGAAUACAGAUCGAGAUGGUAUCUGGUGGAGCAUUGACUGGGGGUGGUGGUGGUGGUGGAAUGAUGGGGGGUGGUGAUAGCUCCGAGUCCCACGACACGGAUGUCCAAGACGAGACGGACAGCCCGCCAGCCCUUCGCAGGCGAGUCGCCGACAAAUCACGACCCCAGUCCGAGCUCAUCAACCAGAUACUGAUCGACAAGUUUAAGGCGGAUCUUCAGAGUCGUACGUCGUCGAGGCACCAGCAUGUACGUAGAACGAACAGCGAUUUAGGAGGUCAAAGGUUACUCCAGUGGGAUACGAGGUCUGGUUACAGCCACGCGCACAAUUACCGCAGGAUGCUGUCGACGCCAUCGCCGAUCAAGACGAGGCCUCCUAGGCUGAGCCCGAGGCACUCCUCCCAUGACAUCGUUACGCUGAGAAGUAACGCGAAAGGGAGGAGUUCUCGGACAAAUUUGAGGCGUUCACUUAGUCAACCACUGGGUAUUAAUCAACUAUCACCCUUGAUGCGCACCAAAACUGCAGGCGCAAGGUUGCCCGGUGGAAACGUCCUGUCUGAGGAUGAACAGGAUGGAAGAGGUGGGACGUCGGAUGACGAGAUGAUGUCCGAUUCGGAAUCCUCUAUCGCCUCCUUGACGGACAGAAAGAAAUCCUUCGAGCAGACGAUGGACGAGGAGGUUGUAAUCUUGGCUGAAGCUGUUUGGGACCACGUGGCGAUGGAACCAGAAGAGUUAGCUUUCCGUGCUGGCGAUGUGAUAGAGGUUUUGGAUAAUUUGGAUAAAGACUGGUGGUGGGGUAGUUGCAGAGGAGAGCAUGGCUGGUUCCCGGCUGCAUUUGUUAGGUUACGCGUAAGCCAAGAAGACACUGUCGAGGACUGUUUGGCGGCGAUGGCCUCUGGAGGUACAUCGAAUCAGCAACUGAGAAGACGUACCAGUGUCUCGUUGUUAUCAAACGAGCAAGUUAGAACGAGCGUGGUUCGUGAACUGGUUCAAACAGAGCGGGAUUUCGUCAAGAUAUUAAGGGAUGUUGCGGAGGGUUACAUAGCCGAAUGUCGACGACGCACGGAUAUGUUUACCGAAGAGCAGAUAGAAACGAUUUUUAUCAAUCUCGAAGAAUUGUUAGACUUCCAAUCUGAAUUUUUGAAAGAUUUAGAAACUAGGAUAGAUUGGAGCGCUCCGUAUAAGAGUUGUGUCGGUGAAUGUUUUCUAAAUCAUAGAGCAGGAUUUCGCAUGUAUUCAGAAUAUUGCAAUAGUCAUCCUAUGGCUACCGCCACGUUACAAGAAUUAUAUCAGCAUAAUCGUUACAGUAAGUUCUUUGAAGCUUGUAGGUUAAUGAGAGGAUUGAUAGAGAUUCCUUUGGAUGGAUAUUUAUUGACGCCUGUGCAACGAAUAUGCAAGUAUCCGCUUCAAUUGGCGGAGUUGUUGAAAUAUACAAAAUCUGAUCAUCCGGAUUACCAUAAAAUUCAGGAAGCCCUUGAAGCGAUGCGAGAUGUCGCCGUCCUGAUUAACGAGAGAAAGAGACGAAUGGAAAGUCUUGAAAAGCUGGCUGCGUGGCAGCUAAGGGUUGAAGGAUGGGAGGGAGAGGAUCUCAUAGAAGUUUCGUCCCAAUUAAUUUAUCAAGGUGAAGCUGUAAGAGUCACUACUGGCAUGUGGACAAAUAAUAUCACCCUCUUCCUGUUCGACCAUCAGUUAGUAUAUUGUAAAAAGGACAUUUUAAAGAGGAAUACCUAUGUGUACAAGGGACGAAUUUAUCUCGACACAAGCGAGGUGAUCGAUGUUCCCGACGGGAAAGAUCACCAACUGGGUGUAACGGUGAGGCACUGUUUGAAAGUGUACAGCUGUGUUCGAGAUAAGUGGUUGUUAUUCUGUUGUCGCACAGCGGAAGAGAAACGUCGAUGGUUGACAGCCAUGGCGGAGGAGCGAAGAUUGGUUGCACAGGACAGAAAUGACGGGUUAGAGUUUCCUGCCGCAGCGAGGCAGUUAGCUAGGCUCGCUGCAACGAGACAACAGAACAGACCGCCAAUUAAACCUCGCAACAAAACGUACAAAAGAGAGUCGGCUUACGAAAUGCCAACAAUGGUCGGGCAGGCCACGACAAACUCGUUAGGGCGUAAAGUUGGCACUUGGUUCACAUUCGGUAGCAGCAAGAAAAAUACACGACUUCAGCCGUCCUGAGACAGGCCUACCUUCGUGCCAUACAUCGACUUGUGAAAGUUUAACGAGAAGCGCUCGAUCGUUGCUUCGUAACUAUGAAUUUCGUUCACGCAUUACUCGUGUGAGAAACUUUUCUUUAAAAAAGUUCCUUAUCACCUUGAUUUAUUCGGAUUUUCUUCAAUACUUCCACGUUCAAGAAUAUUCGAAUAAUCAAGCGGGGAUCGAAUAUUCGUUUUAAUCAACACGAAGGCAAACGAUAACAAGCGCUUAUCAUAUGUAUGGAACGAAGGUAUUUUAUUUAUAUAAUUGUUAAGUUUGAUGUUUAAUCUGUCGAUAACAAUAAUAUCGAUACGUCCUGUUGACAGGAUAGUAAAACGCUACAAUUUUCACCAGUCUGAUUAUAGUAUUCUUGUUUAAUUUAAACACAUACAGUUCGAUAAAAGAGGAAGAAGAAGAAGAAAAAAAAAAAGAAAAGUGUAACUUUAUAUCGUUGGCGAUAUUUAAUUUCACUGCCUCGAAAAAAAAGAUUCUUCUAGAUUCUACGCUCUCUCGUCUUAUAAUCACGUCUUAUAAUCAUCUUAUAAUCAUGGAGUUUGGACAAGGUAUUAUCUACUUAGUUGUUUCUAGAAAAUGAUAAACGUUGUUUGUUCAAAGUAUAAUCGCCAGAAAUAUUAUAUUAAUUAAGCAUAAUUAUAAAUUUACGUAAAGGAGAGUAUGCGUACAAGCAACGUUUAUGCGAAUAUCUCGAGUGAAAUGAAGAAUAUUAGAAAGUUCGGAGAAAUAUGAAGAGAUCGAGCGGUUAAAAGCAAAGCAACAAAUAUCGAAGCGGAUCAAAUUAGAAAAUAUAAUCGAAGAAAAAACUUACAUAAAUUAGAAAAAUGAAUGCACUUAUUAUUAGACGUGUAUAGAUACAUAUAUGUGUAAAGCCGUUAGUGAGCUUUUGCGGUACUAAAGAGAAAGUACUAGUCACACUUAUCAUGGAAACAUAUGAAAGACCAGUGAUGAAACUUUAUCAUUAUUGAAAUGCAACCGCUUGUAUGUUGUGUACAAUGAAUGGAUUAGUAAUGGCCAUCCAUUUUUUAUGGUAAUAAAGACUGAUUGAGAAAUGUUUGUUUCCCAGAGAUUCACGAGUAAAUAGGUAUGAAGGAAGCACUGAGAGAAAAGUAAUAAGUAGUAAAAGCGUAAGUAAUCGAAUUUCAAUAUAGAUCAACUUAUAUAUAUUUGCAGUUCCAAAAUGAAAAAUCUUUUAAUUGUAUUUCUAGUUUGAUGACAAUUUAGAUAAUGUAUUUUAGAGUGCACACUGAAAAAAAAGAACAACUGAUACAAAUAUUAUAUCUCGAAAUUUUCUCUCAGUGAAGCGAAACGUAUCACAUUACAUAUUCA